AAAUAAAUAAAAUAAACCAUCUAUUUCGAAAUCCUUGAGCACCAUGGCCACCAUCAGGUUGAAGCUCCUCGUGGACAGAGAAAAGAACAGGGUGGUGUUUGCUGAAUCAGAUAAGGAGUUUGUAGACGUUCUUUUUAGCUUCUUGACGUUGCCAAUGGGGACCAUCAUCAGGCUCCUCAACAAGCAGUCGUCGGUUGGAUGGAUGGACAAACUGUACGAGAGCGUGGAGAAUCUUGACGCCAAGUAUCUGGAGACCGAGGCCUGCAAGAUGAUGCUGCUCCAGCCCAGAAGCGAAGCCGAAAUACUGUGUGAAGAUUUACGAGUCAACGCCGAUGACCUAGAGCCCAGGAGGCUCUACAGGUGCCCGGCGUUUGGUUGCUUCAUCGGGGACAGCAGGGCUUUUAGUUCGAUCAGUGGAGCCCGUUGCCGGUGCGGAAGGGCGAUGGAUAAAUUCCUCUGCUGGGAUAAACAGAAGAAAGAUGCGAAGGACUAUGGGUUUUUGAAAGGAGCAGCAACAUUUGUUAUUAGCGACGACCUGCACGUAUCGCCUGCUGCUGUCACAAAUCCCAUCUCUUUGCUCGAGAAGUUUGGAGUCAAGGAUGUCGAUACCCUUGAGGAAAGGGUUGUGCAAGUUGGCAGAAAGGAGGUGUUAUGUUUACUGAAUAGCCUACUUCUUUCUAAGACGCCAUUUACCGAUGUUUUCUUGCGCAAGAGAACACCAGUUCAAGAUGUACUUAGUUCCAUCGGGAAUUUCUUGCAUGUUAAACAUGUGAGUUGCUUAUUGGCCGCGGGCCAGGCUUUAAGUUCACUAAAGAGUCUAUUGGUUUUAAAGACGCCAUUUAGAGACAUUUUCUCGCAGAAGAAACGAUAA